CAAAUACAACUAUUAUUAUUAUGAACAUUUGUGUGCUGUUUGCGCUGCUGUUGUUGCUUGCCCCCGGCGGCUGCCCCAUCUACAGCAUAGAUUUAUCCACACUGGAGGUGCCUAACGAUUUUCAAAAUGAGUUAACGCUACAAUCGAUGCUCAGCUCCGAGUUGCACCAGUAUCGCAAUAAACUAAACGAGGAAUCACAGCGGCAAACUCAGCAAAGUGACAUUGAGGAACGCAUCAAGGCCACUUACGCCGCAACAGAUCCAAAGCAUAAGAUCAGCACUAGCUUGGGAACAGCACCAACCAAACUAACACGAAGAGCCAGCGACUCUCUGACAUUUAUGGGCACCAAUUUGUUUGGCAAUUACCUGAAAAAUUGUUUCUCAGCGGAGGACAUAGCGCUCAUCUCAGCACGCCGCGACUUUGAGGCACUGCUGCCCAAAUCAUAUCCCAUCACGCUGCUCAAUGAUCGCAUUGUCUAUGCCAUAAUGAAGUACUUCAAUACAGUGAACCAAAUUGUGUUGCGCAAGUCACAUCCAGACACAAAGCCUUUGCUGCAGCGCGCUUUCUACGAUGCCUUCGGUAGUUAUCUGCACUAUUAUUUGCUGCCUGUGGCGCAAGUGUCCUACUAUGCGGGGAAGAUAAAGCUCUGCACAGUGGAGCGUCUGGUGAAGCUCUAUCGGCAGUGUAAGCUGCUCUUGAACACUAAUGGCAACAACUGGAAGACGCCGUCACAGAAUAUACUCAGCCAGUUGCAUGAGGUGCACAUAGAGCACAUAGCGCUCAAGAGGAAUGACAACUGUGAGCAGGAUGCCAGCAGUUGUGCUAUGCUGGAUCAAUCCUGCAUCAAUGAGGAUGUGCAGAGCGAUUUGAUGAUAGUGCCGCUGCCACGCUUGGAAACAGUCGAUAGCGAUGGCUUGUUGACCAACAUAUUCUUGCCAUUCAAGCAGCGGCGCAUCUACAACCUACGCUCACCUAGCUCAGAGCACAUAUUGGUCAAGUUUUUCAAAACUGUAAGUGAAUGCUAUCGCUUUCAGGGUAUCAGCUCGAAAGUCUACAAUAUGAAGUUGCGCGCUUGGAUUAGAGAAGCCCUGGAGCUGCACUACAGAGACGAAAUGUUUUAUCCAGGCCUUGGCGGUGUUAUACAAAUCUAUGAAACUUUGGGAUCGCCACAAUGCACGCGUGUUACAGCAAUGCCAGCUGACGAGCAGCCUAAAGAGAACCUUUUAUGCGAGGACUAUCCACAAGGCGCUGAUGACAGCGACAACUUUAAGCCGGUCAAAGGCAACAAUAAAACGCAGCACAUGACAACAAAUAGCACCCAAGUAGAAAAUAAAUCUAAAGAAAGGCAGAAAUCAAAGAUAAAGUCCGGGAAGAAGAGCCGUUCCGCACAAGCAGAAGAUCCCCAAUCUCAACAGCAAUCUGAUGCUACAUCUACGCCCGACCAAAAACUACAAUUGAGUUCAAGCGGCGACCAGUGUAUUGAUUGCGAUGAUGACAACUAUGUCACCUAUAUAGCUGUUGGUUUAGCAUUGCUGUUGCUGCUAUUGCUCAUCAUUAUUUGUUGCUGUGUCUUUAGAAAUAGCAAACGACGUAGAUUACCGCCGCCACAAUCAGCUCCACCGCCCCCUCCAAAGGAGAAAGAGCCCCCUGCACCGGUUGAAGCUGAGGAAAAAACUGAUGUGGAGGCUGCGGCAAAAGAAGAUAGACACAAAAAGAGCUGUUGGGGCGCGCUGUUUGGUAAAAAGCAACAGUUUGUGGAAACUGAAAAGAGACGUCUGCUGUCCAGUCCGCACCUGAGUCCAGGCAUGAGCUUAGUUAGCAGUAGACGGGAGCGACUUAGUUACAAAGAUAGGGAAAAGCUGAUGCCCCAAGCCAGGCAACAAGGUGGUGCUUCAAGCUACGAUUUCGACGACGAUUCAAUGACAUCUACGUCUUCACUGGGCUGCCAGUUUCAUCGCAAGCUCAUUCCUUUGAAAGCGAGUAAAGAAAAGCGCAAUGUUUAUUAUGCUAAAGCGGAGAGUCGGAAGAUUGCUCCUGUAGAGCACAAGCGCUCCUUGCAAAAAGCAAAGUCCAGCAUAGUAAAAGACAAAGUGAAUGAAUCAUUGGAGCUAAAAACAAGCAAGACUACAGACUUAAUGUUGCAUAGAAAAAGUACGCCCGUGUUGCACAAAAGGACUGAGGGCGGCAUGGCUAACAGCCGACUACACAGUGGGCCAAAACCUUCAAAUAGCGAAAGCAGCCUAAGUGAGGAGACUAAUGAGAGAAGCUUGUACAAGAAGCAGCCAAAUAGGCGAACUGAACGUAACCUAAUCGAAGAGAAUUUCAAGGACAGGCAGGAGCAUAUAUUAGCAGAGCACAGCAACACAAGCGCAUAUUCAAUGACGGGUUUUAAAGAAAAUAACAAUGCGAGGGAUGCAAGCGAAUUGGCAGACAACUCAACCAAGAGUGUUGUAACUAAAUUGCAAGAUUCAGUUUCUACUGAGCAAAUAAUAGAGCCGCUUGUAAGGCAUGCAACUAGCUGGGAGACAACUUACGAUGAAGAUGACGACGAUGAUGAAAUAGAUAAUGAGAGCUAAAGCUGAAUAUAUCUAAUGCUGUAAUGCUUGAUUUUUGUGCGAGUGUUUGCGAGUGUGCUUUUGUUUUCCUAUGUUUAUAAAUAAGUUUUAUUUUUCUAAUAAAGUUCAUUGUACAAGAGUC